GGGAGACCUUAAAGGCCCUGCAAGCUGGCCCUGCUGAGGGUCCCGGGGGAGAAGGCUGCGCGCGGCGAGCGGAGGGAAGGUGCGCGGGAGCCGGAGCGGGCGCUGGAGCUGUGGGCAGGAAAACACUCUUUUCAGAGCAUCUCCUGGCAUCACCAGAAAUGUCUUCCUUAAGUGGAAAAGUCCAAACGGUUUUGGGCCCCAUGGAGCCCAGCAAACUGGGCCGUACUCUGACCCACGAACAUCUGACAAUGACCUUUGACCACUGUUACUACCCACCUCCUCCGUGUCAUGAAGCUGCCUCUCAGGAACCUAUUAUGAAGAAAAACUUAUUCUGGAUUCAAAAAAACCCUUAUUCCCAUAAAGAGAAUCUUCGGCUGAAUCAGGAGACCGAAGCUGUAAGGGAAGAAUUGCUGUAUUUUAAAGCCAACGGUGGAGGGGCUCUGGUGGAGAACACAACCGUUGGGAUUAGCCGAGACGUGAAGACUCUGAGGUGGCUUGCGGAGCAGACGGGCGUCCAUAUCAUAUCUGGAGCUGGGUUUUACGUGGAGGCAACUCACUCUCCGGAGACCAGAGCCAUGUCAGUGGAGCAGCUUACUGAUGUCCUCAUUCAUGAAAUUCUCCAUGGGGCCGAUGGAACGACUAUCAGGUGUGGCGUCAUUGGAGAAAUUGGUUGCUCCUGGCCUCUGGCUGAGAAUGAGAGGAAAGUUCUUCAAGCAACUGCUCAUGCUCAGGCUCAGCUGGGCUGUCCUGUUAUUAUUCAUCCUGGGAGGAAUCCAAGUGCACCAUUUCAGAUCAUCCGAGUGUUGCAAGAAGCAGGUGUAGACAUCUCCAAAACAGUUAUGUCCCACAUCGAUAGGACUAUACUUGAUAAAAAGGAACUACUAGAGUUUGCUCAACUUGGCUGUUACUUGGAAUAUGAUCUCUUUGGGACCGAACUCCUUCAUUACCAAUUCAACCCGGAUAUCGACAUGCCCAAUGAUAAUAAAAGAAUUAGAAGGCUCUAGUAAUCAGCUUGGUGACUUCCAACAAUUCUCCCUUUAAGCCAUCAAACUACUGAGGAAGGUAAUGCAUCCACCUUGGAGACUCUUUUCAGGUUCCUAAAUGUACACCGAUUUCAGCAUUUUCUCUGGGACUAUGAUGCAUCCUUUCCUUAGCCCGAUAUCCCCAUUUCUGCCUAAGUGUACUCUACUAUCUUUUCAUAUUAUAAGUUAACUAUUUAGAUCCUGCUUGAUCUGUAGUGCGUGUUUCAUCGCUUUUAAAAAGAUAAUAUUAAUUUGACAUUUCGUUAAUCUUGCUAAUGAAUGAAUAUCAACCCACAAACUGUUGUUUCCAGCAUAUCUCAUGUUCAUUGAUGCUACUAUAAUUAAUUAAUGCAUUCUUAGAAAAAAACCGGGUCUUUAAUCAUUUUAUAGUUCUAAUCUCAAGCCACUUUUAGCUUUUAUUAUAGUGGCUUAUUAUAGUGGUAUUACAGUGACUGUAUUCACAUAGCAAUUUUUGAAUUCAGGUUUUCUGCUAAAGGCAUACGAGCACAUUAAAAUUAUAUUUCCUGUCUCUCUGUAAAGCCAUCCGAGUCCAACUUUUACCUUUCAUAUGCACUGUUAUGGGCUCUCAACAAAUGGUAUGAUUAAAUUUGUGUUGAUGGUUUCAUGGGGAAUAUGAGAACUGUGAUCCUUUUAGUGGCAUGUUUGUGAGAACAUAGGAGCUCAUGUGGCUUUAGCAUUAUCUUAUUAAGGAGGGUUUAUCAUUAGAGACAAUAUUUAUGGUAACAUUUGCUAAUUUAAUUAAUUGCUACUGAUGCUCUCAUAAUUUCAUUUUCAUUGUACUUCUGUGGAAUCAUAAACAAAAGGUUAAGUGGUGCAUCAGGUUAAUUUACUGGCCUUUGAUGUUUCCAUCUGUGAUCCUGCAUUCAACACAAAGCAUAAAUAAAAUGGUUCUCAUAUGGUUA